CAAAUCGUCACGUGACACGGAAGUGACUACGAACAGGAAGAGGACGAAAAAAAUAACCGUCCGCGACGCCGAGCCGAACCGGACCCGCAGCCACCAUGAACAGCAAAGGUCAAUAUCCAACGCAGCCAACCUACCCGGUGCAGCCUCCUGGGAAUCCUGUGUACCCUCAGACCUUGCAUCUUCCUCAGGCUCCACCCUAUACUGAUGCUCCACCUGCCUACUCAGAGCUCUAUCGUCCGAGCUUUGUGCACCCGGGGGCUGCCACAGUCCCCACCAUGUCAGCUGCAUUUCCUGGCGCCUCACUGUAUCUUCCCAUGGCCCAGUCUGUGGCUGUUGGACCUUUAGGUUCCACAAUCCCCAUGGCUUAUUAUCCAGUUGGUCCCAUCUAUCCACCUGGGUCAGCAGCCUGGAUGCCCUCCCAAUGCUGCUCAGCUUGCAGUCAUGCAGGGAGCCAAUGUCCUUGUAACUCAGCGGAAGGGAAACUUCUUCAUGGGUGGCUCAGAUGGUGGCUACACCAUCUGGUGAAGAACCAAGGCCACCUCUGUGCCGGGAAAGACAUCACAUACCUUCAGCACUUCUCACAAUGUAACUGCUUUAGUCAUAUUAACCUGAAGUUGCAGUUUAGACACAUGUUGUUGGGGUGUCUUUCUGGUGCCCAAACUUUCAGGCACUUUUCAAACGUAAUAAGGAACCACGUAAUGGUAGCAGUACCGCCCUAAAGCAUUUUGAGGUAGGGGAGGUAUCCAUUCAUAAAAUGAAUGUGGGUAAAGCAGCCCUAAGGAUCUUCCUUUAAUUCCUCUGGAGUAAUACUGUACCAUACUGGUCUUUGCUUUUAGUAAUAAAACAUCAAAUUAGGUUUGGAGGGAACUUUGAUCUUCCUAAGAAUUAAAGUUGCCAAAUUAUUCUGAUUGGUCUUUAAUCUCCUUUAAGUCUUUGAUUUAUAUUACUUGUUAUAAAUGAACUGCAUUAGUUAUCUGCCUUUUCCUUUCCGUCCUUUGCUCCACGUCCUACCCUCAACCCUCGUCUUCCAUUCCUUCCCACCGAUCUCCAUUGAAUCAAUGGUGCAGGACAGAAAGCCAGUCAGACUAAUUUCCUUCUCUCCUUGCACUUCUCCCCACCUGUCAUCUUUUAACUAGUCUUUCACAAAGGAUCCUCUGAAACCCCCCGUGCCCCAAGCACAGACCCCAUUACUUCUGCUUUUGCGUCUCCUCAAGCAAAAGUGGAGGGUGCCUUUUGGACCCUCCUCGUAGGUUGUCUCUUCAUACAUGAACCAAAUUUGCAAACCCAAAUUUGCUUUGGUGCCAGAAAAACUGAGCUUUGUUUUAACAAAGGAUGCAAACUGUUUUGUAAACAGCAGUUUGUUUAUAAUUUGAGGGGCAAGGAGGAGGAUGCAUUUAAAAGCCUGAUGACUCUAGAGCCAAAUUAAGGGGAGUUUUCAGAUCAAAAAUUGGUUACCAUUUCUUGUCAGUCUGAUGCAGCCACUCAUGGCUCCCAAGAAUUCCUGAGCUGGGUUAAUGGGGUCAUAUCGUGAAUGCCUCACUACUAAAUGACUUGAGUCCAGUGAAAUCUCAUUAGGGUUAAGAAUAUUUCAGGGAUCCUUAAUAUUUUGAUUUUUGUUCUCUAAAAUUGGAUUUUAUUUUAUUUUAUCUUAUAAUUUCAGUUCAUCUAAAUUUUGUGUUCUGUACAUGUGAUGUUUGACUGUACCAUUGACUGUUAUGGAAGUUCAGCGUUGUAUGUCUCUCUCUACACUGUGGUGCACUUAACUUGUGGAUUUUUUAUACUAAAAAUGUAGAAUAAAGACUAUUUUGAAGAUUUGAAUAAAGUGAUGAAGUUGCAUUACACCUCA